GAGCGGCGCGGAGGGGGGCGGGGUGGCGCGCCGGCCUCGGGCCGAGGAGGAGUCCGAGGAGAGAGCGCGCGGGCCGGGCCGGUCGGAGGUCCCUGGCCGUAGUAGAGAAAGAGGAGGCGGAGGAGGCGUAAGAAGAAGAAGAAGACGAUCCGGGUCCCGGGAGGGCCCGCGCCGGCCGCCACGAUGCAGGAGCUCAUCGCAAGCGUGGACCACAUCAAGUUCGACCUGGAGAUCGCGGUGGAGCAGCAGCUCGGGGCGCAGCCGCUGCCCUUCCCGGGCAUGGACAAGUCAGGGGCUGCCGUCUGUGAAUUUUUCUUGAAAGCUGCCUGUGGAAAAGGGGGCAUGUGCCCAUUCCGUCACAUUAGUGGCGAGAAGACUGUUGUGUGCAAGCACUGGCUUCGAGGACUGUGCAAGAAGGGAGACCAGUGCGAAUUCCUGCAUGAGUAUGAUAUGACCAAGAUGCCUGAAUGUUACUUCUACUCCAAAUUCGGGGAGUGCAGUAACAAAGAAUGCCCCUUUCUCCACAUUGACCCGGAAUCCAAGAUCAAAGAUUGCCCCUGGUAUGACCGAGGCUUCUGCAAACAUGCCCUCGAUUUGAAUUGCCCAUGGGAACCACAGAACAGCCGCCCCUGCCUCAACAGACGCAGCCUCAGGCAAAGCAGAGAACCCCGCAGGUCAUUGGGGUCAUGCAGUCUCAAAACAACAACGUGGGAAACAGGGGACCCCGGCCGUUGGAGCAGGUUACCUGUUACAAGUGUGGCGAAAAAGGACAUUAUGCCAACAGAUGCACCAAAGGACACUUGGCUUUUCUCAGUGGACAAUGAUGUGUAUGCGCCAAAGACAGUUAAAGAGCAGUCACCUGAGGAGCCGUUUUUCUCCCUUGUAGCUAUUGUGCUGCGGAGAGCUCACCCCACUACCAACCUUUGGAUCUGUGACUUAAUUGUUAAAUGCCAAUGUUGACAAAACUAGGGUUAGAGGCUGGCUGAAGGGUUUUUCUUUUCUAAAAAAUAUUUUGAGGGUUAGGGGUUGCUAGUUUCCCAAUCAUUUUAUUUUCUUUUUAAAAAGAAAUAUGCUAUUUGGUGCCUCUGAGGAUGAUGCCCUCAGUUGGUACCACAUGCCUGUCAUUGAACCCAACAAGCCCAGUUGUUAAAGGCUUGGUUGUUAAGUGAUCUAUUUGAAAGACAAGUGGCCUUCUGUGGUAACUCUGACCUGAGUAAGUGACCUGAGUGACCUGAGUAAGAAGGUAGGGUCUCUUAAGUCACUCAAAGCCUGGCUUUCUGCUGAAUUCAGAAGGAAUGCCUAGGAUACAGUAGUCAGCCCUUAUAGGAAACUUGACUUUUGCCUCAUGCUGGUCCAAGCAGCAAGAAGUAAACAGCAGUUCAGAGGAAGAAUACAGUCCGAGUCUGAGGUGCUUAUUUAGAUUAGGGUAUAUUUUGGCUUAGGGUGUCAGUUUAAUUUGACAACACCGAGUACAACUUCACAGGAGACUAAAGUCAGAGCCACAGGUUAUCUGCUUUAAUUGAUGACUCAGUUGGCAAGAAAAUGUUACAUCUCACCUGUAUGUAUGUUAUACUUAAUGUUGUAUUACACCACCAUAUUGCUUAGGUGCUGUUGGAAUGUGAAGGAGACCACCAUGUAAUUGAACAUGCUGUUGAAACUCUGUGAAACUCUCAAAUGCAAUUUUCAGGGAAAAUGGGCCUAUGAAAGUUUAAUUGCAACAAUUUUUAUGAUUUUGAUUAAAGCCUUUUUAAAAAAAUAUUGCAUUUUAAGAUAUGGUAUUUUAUAGUAGCUAUUGUAGAUGGGGUAGAAAAAUCUAUUCUUAAAGAUUUUUCUUACUGAGAAUCAGCAUCACAGUAUGCUGGAAUCUGUUAUGGGUCAAAGUGUAUAGUAAUAUAAUAUACACAUGUUAAUAUGCUAUAAGAUAUUUAAGGCAUUUUGAUGUAUUUAAAUAGUCAUCUUCUUCAUCUUAGCUACCUUUUUAAAAAAACACCCACCUGCAGAUAAAACUUUUAUACAUAUUCAUUUAGCUUCAGUUGACAGCUCAGAAGUCAAGCCUAUUCUAUCAAUUCCUCCUUUUUGCAUUUCCUUUCAU